UGUUUCUGGCGCUUUUCACUCAACUCACUCGGAUUCUGCUUCUUCAUUGUCGUUCAAGAUACGGAGUUGAUUUUCAAGCCGGAAAUUUUUACUGGGCUGUAGACUGCGAAGUAAACCAAGAGGCGUCGACUUUCUUCCUUCUCUUUGUCGCUGCGUUUUUACAUCUUGUAGACUCAUUGUGUUCGGGUUUCCGGAAAAUGAAGUCCUCGCUGAGCAUGUUGAGGAGGAUUUCAUUUCACAAGGGCGUUGGCAGAGAGAAGACGGACUUUCAGCCCUUCACGGUGUCCGAUGAGCUUGUUCAGGUUGCCAAGGACAUGCAAGAGAUGAGAAACUGCUAUGACUGCUUGCUUUCUGCUGCUGCUGCAACAGCCAACAGUGCCUAUGAAUUCUCUGAGUCACUGCGAGAAAUGGGUGCUUGUCUAUUUGAGAAAACUCCAGUUAAUGAUGAUGAAGAAAAUGGUAAAACUUUGGAAAUGCUUGGAAGAGUACAGCUCGAACUUCAAAAGCUUAUUGAUGGCUAUCGUUCUCACAUAAUAGUCACAAUUACAAACCCAUCAGAGUCUCUUCUCAAUGAAUUGCGGACUGUUGAGGAUGUACAUAUACUAAAACUUGUAGUAUCAGGGCUUAAAUUGAUGCAUGCCAUGUAUUAUGAUUUGGGGUUCCUCACGCUACUUGUGUGUCCAGAAUUCUCUGAGUCACUGCGAGAAAUGGGUGCUUGUCUAUUUGAGAAAACUCCAGUUAAUGAUGAUGAAGAAAAUGGUAAAACUUUGGAAAUGCUUGGAAGAGUACAGCUCGAACUUCAAAAGCUUAUUGAUGGCUAUCGUUCUCACAUAAUAGUCACAAUUACAAACCCAUCAGAGUCUCUUCUCAAUGAAUUGCGGAUUGUUGAGAUGGGUUCAGACAAGAAAAGGGUGGAUCUUAAAGCCUCGAGUAAAGAACCUAGGGUCAGCAGCUAUUCAGAUUCAAUUAUUGCAGAAAAGAAGUUUGACCCAGCUGAAAAACCCCCCGCACUAGUGCAAGUGGACGUUCACACAACUUGUGGCAUUCUUCCCCACUGGAUGACGAAAGGAUGGAGAAACAUUUUAGUGACGGUAAAUGGUGUGAACCAACUAUCUCCAGAGCUCAGUCUGGUCUUAAAGAAAGCAGCACCCUCAACACAUCCACUCAGCUACCCCGCCCUUCCAGGGAGAGAUUGUCGCCUUCACAAAUUGAUGCUUUUAAGUUCUGAUGCUAAGAAAAUCAAAAGACAGGCUUUUUCAGGUCCAUUGCCUAGUAAACCACUGUCAAUAAAACCUGCUUUAUGCGUCAGCCCUUUAGUAUCAACUGAUUCAGCAUCUGGAGUUCUUUCUCGAUUACCACUGCCACAGCUUUCAUCUCCAAAAGCUUCUCCUAGUGCUUCACCUCCCCUGGUUUCUUCACCUGGCGUCAGUGAGGUCCAUGAGCUUCCUAGACCCCCGGAUAGUCAACCUGGCAGACCAAUGAAACCAUAUCAGAUAGGUCAUUCUGCUCCAUUUGGUUUGAGAAAUCAAGAGCAUUCUGCAACAAACAGACUUCCUUCAUUUGCUUCGAGUGCGGCAUCCCCCCUACCAACUCCACCUUUACUUGUCCCUCGAAGUUUUUCUAUACCCUCUAGCAGCCAAAGAGGAAGGACAUUUCAUGCUGUGGAACUUCUGGAUGCUCCCCAAGUUCCACAGAGGGCCAAAGAAAUUGCAUCGCCUCCAUUAACACCUUUAUCCCUCUCAGAUAUCAAAAGAGGACCAAGUCCAUCUGGCCUGGCUACACAUUCCAGUGGAAUUAAAGUGGAUGCAGGUGGGGAGCUAAACACGGCGCUCAUGAUGUAUGUAGAGACCGAACUCCUUGGGGUUGAUUGAGACUCCAGGUUUCCUUGAUGCAAGUGGAAUGAAUCUCGACUGCAUUUAUGGAGGCUUUGAAAAUCUGCUGGAGGUUCGCCCAGGAGGGUGUGUAUGGGGUCUCAUCCUGUCGUUCAAAAUACGAGCAGGGAUGUGUAAAUAUAUUUUUUU